GGGGAGGAGGGUAUCGAUGCUGGCGGUGUUACGAGGGAAUACUUUCAGCUUUUGAGCGCUCAGCUUUUCGACGUAAAUAGCGGGAUGUGGUCGAAUCGGUUUGGCGAUGACAGCCGGAUUACUUGGUUCAAUUCGGAUUGCAUUUGGGAUGAUGACGGAUACUUUCUCGUUGGUGUUCUUGUCGGUCUCGCGCUUUACAAUAGUGUACUGCUGGAUGUACACUUUCCCCAGGCAGUCUACCGGAAGCUGCUUGGCUUGCCCCUGGGGCUAGAAGACAUGGUCGACGAAGAGGUCAAGUCGGGCUUACAACACUUGUUGGACUACAGCGACGACGAUGUGGAAGAUGUGUUUUGCCUGACAUUCGACGUUGCGUGGACCGACCUGGGGGAAGAAAAAAGGAAGGAACUAAAGCCCGGAGGUAUAGAUACUCCCGUCACCUCUGACAACAAGGAAGAGUACGUGAUCCUGUACGUAAAAUGGCUUCUGGUGGACAGCAUUUACCCUCAAUACGAAGCUUUCGAAAGGGGGUUUAUGCGCGUCAUGGAAAAUUCUAGUUUGGAUCUUUUGCGUCCUCAAGAUCUCGAAUUGCUAGUUGUUGGAACGCCCGAGCUGGACUUUAAUGCUCUCAUGUCCAAUACGCAGUACGAAGGCGGAUACGACUCGGAAUCGGCUGUGGUUCGAAACUUCUGGAAGUUUGUUGAAGAGACUUCGCACGAGACACGGCUGAAUUUACUGAAAUUUGCGACCGGAUCUUCGAAAGCCCCCAUUGGAGGACUGGGGGAGCUUUCUUUCAAGAUUCAAAAGUCGGGACCCGACUCGGACCAACUCCCUUCGUCCCACACCUGUUUCAAUACUUUGCUGUUGCCAGACUAUGGCGAGAAUUACAACAAAUUGGCAGUGCGUCUGGGACGAGCUGUUAUUGAGUGUGAAGGGUUUGGACUGCAGUAA